AUGGAAAAUAAGACAACAUUUCUGCAUUUAAACACCAAUAAAGCUGUAAUAAUUAAAAAAUGGAAAGUCAAAGAAGGCAUGUUAGUUUCAAUCAGACAAGUCAUAUUUAUUUAUAAUUUGGUAUCGUCUGAAACCGAAAACCUUAAAUUUAAAAGUUCUCAGGUUGGAACUGUACGAAAAAUACUUGUUAACGAAAAUGAUAUCGUUCAACCGGGUUGCGCUCUGUUAGAACUCGAGGAAUGUAACCAUCCGACUGUCAUGAAAGAUAUGUGUGCAGAAUGUGGAGCCGACUUAAGAAAAAAUGAACAAUUUUCAACUAAUGCUUCUGUUCCAAUGGUUCAUAGCAUACCUGAAUUAAAAGUAAGUGAAGAACAAGCACAGAUAAUUGGCAAAGCAGAUGAAAACAGAUUAUUAAAUGAUAGGAAAUUGGUUUUGUUGGUGGAUUUAGAUCAGACCUUAAUUCACACCACAAAUGAUAAUAUACCACCCAAUUUAAAAGAUGUUUAUCACUUUAGACUUUAUGGUCAGAUGUCUCCUUGGUAUCAUACAAGAAUAAGACCCAGAACUCACAAAUUUUUAGAAGAAAUUUCCAAAUACUAUGAACUUCACAUAUGUACAUUUGGUGCAAGAAAUUAUGCACACAUGAUAGCCAUGUUUUUAGAUCCUGAUGGGAAGUAUUUUUCACAUAGAAUACUGUCAAGGGAUGAAUGUUUUAAUGCCAAUUCGAAAACAGCAAACUUAAAAGCUUUAUUCCCGUGUGGUGAUAACAUGGUUUGCAUAAUAGAUGACAGAGAAGAUGUUUGGAAUUUUGCUGCCAACUUAAUUCAUGUUAAACCUUAUCAUUUUUUUAAACAUACAGGUGACAUUAAUGCACCUCCAGGAUUGACAAAAAAUGAAAAUGAUGAAGUAGAUGGUUUUGAUUUCACCAAUUUAGAUAAUGAACCCGGUAAAGAAGAACAAGUGGAAAGCAACAGUUGUAAAAAACCAGCAGGAUUUCUGACAUUGAAAUCCAAAGUUGAUAUGAUUGGAGAGUCAACUACGGAUAAAGAUACAGAAGAUGAAAAUGAAAAAACUUCGGCUCCAAAAAUAUUAAGUGAUACUAAAGCAGAAGAAGAUAUUCAAAAAGUUACAGAAGAUUUACUUUUAUCAGAAGAUGAUGGCACAGAUCCUAAUGAGAAGGCAAAAAAAAUUAUGGAUAACAAAAAUGAUAAAAAUGAAUUUAACAAUGUGAAUGUGGAUUCGGAGGAAACUUCAUGUCUAACUUUAAAGAAAUCCAAUAAAGAGGAUAGUGAAAAAGAUACAAAAGUAGAAGUAGAAAUUUCAAACUUUAAUUCUGAUAUUCAAGGAGAUGAGGACAAAAAUAAGAGCAAAGAAGGAUCCGAAAAUCAAGUUGAAUUGAUAGAAGUUGAAGAUUUAGAUGAUUAUUUAAUGUAUUUAGAAGAAAUUUUAAAAAACAUUCAUAAAGCCUAUUAUGAAGAAUAUGAUUUCCAAAAAAAAAUAAACAGCAAUUGCGUUAUUCCCGAUCUGAAAACCGUUAUACCCAACUUUAAAAAAAAUACGUUAAAAGGUUGUCAUUUAGUUUUUAGUGGGUUGGUUCCAUCUCACAUACCUUUACAAGAAAGUAGAGCAUAUUUGGUUGCGAUUUCAUUAGGAGCCAUUGUAUCAGCUGAUAUUUCUUCAAAUUGCACUCAUUUGGUUGCUGCCAGGCCGGGCACAGCCAAAGUUAAUUCUUCCCGGCGUCAUAAAGGAAUAUUUAUUGUGACGCCUCUUUGGUUAUGGCAUUGUGCGGAGCGUUGGGAAAAAGUUGACGAAAAAUUAUAUCCUUUAGGAAGAGGAGGGAUAGCAAAUAGAAUUCCUCCGGCUCACUGCGGAAGCCCAGACCAUAAAGUGAUACAAUCAGAAAAUUACUUCAGCAGCAAGAAAUCGACUCCGAGUGGAGAUUUAUUGACACUAUUAUCCAUACUACUUUUCUCGAGAUAUGAAAAUAAUGACCAGAAUGAAAGCGAGUUGGACAAAAAAAUUAUAAAAACAAAUCAACCACCUAAAAUAUGCGAGGAUGAAACAUCGACAACAAGUUCGGAGGACUCCUUAUCAGGUACUUCACACCCUAAAGGUUGGAGCGAAAAGAAAUGUCGCAAGCGAAAAGUAGAAACAACUACUUGUACAGAAACUGAAUAUGACGAAGAAUACCCAAGUGUUAAAUUUAGGCGAGGAGAGCCAUUACCUAGUGAUUUAGAUUUAGGAGAUGAUAGUCAGGAUACAGGAGGAAGUGACGAAGGCAUGGAUGACAGAGAAUGGAAUAUGAUGGGUGCUGCACUCGAAAGAGAGUUUUUAUCUGGAAAUUAA